AUGGCAGUCGAGAAAUUUGGUCCCCACCUUAAGACAAUUCUCGAGGCGAAACACAUCGAGGCUAUCUACGAACUCUGGGGGGUCGAUUAUGCCGUCAAAAUUGAACUUCCUGAAGACGGCGAAACUCCGGCGACCAUGAGACCGGGUUAUUGUGGAGCCUAUAUGUCGCAUUUCGAGGACGGUGGCUUAUCAUUUCCUCUUCCUCGUUUUCUUCUUGAGGCGUUGGCGGAGCUUAAGAUGGCGUUUACCCAGAUGGCGCCUAACUUUUUUCGCUAUUUCUUGGCCACCUGGGUCCGAGCUCAGGAGGAAGGUCUUGAGUUCGGCCUCAGGGAGUUGAAGCAAUUGUUCGCUAUAAAGCGGAACAAUGGCUUUCUUGGCACGAUGAUUCUUGCUCCUCGCUCUGGUCGUGUUAUUAUUGAAGGCAUUCCCAAUAAAGAUGAUCGAUGGAGAGAAAAUUUGUUUGUUUUUAAGGUUAACCUGGCGUCGGUCGGGGAUUUUGAAUUUGAAAGGAUCCCUAGGGAAUGGUCCGACGACAUUGAGCCCUUCGGCCCUGCGCCCAUGACUCCCGAGCUUCGUGGGUUAAUGGCUACUUUGCGACGUGGCAGUCCUCGAUGGCUCGCUUUUACUCAUGACCGAAUUCGAACCGCUUAUGCUCUCCCGCUGGGUGUAAACCGUGCUACUCAUGUUGCCUUGGUGGCUCCCGUUCGGCCCAAGAAAGGUCGUGGCAACAAGAGGAAGAAGGAGAAGGAGGUGUUGCUUGAUCGUCCUGAUGACUCUUCUGAGGCCAGGUCGUUAGAGCGAGCUCAGAAAGUUCAGCGCGGGCCGGUUCUUAGAUCGAGGUCGCAGGCUCAGUCUCCUGGCCUUCUGGCUAGGCCGGUGUCGGUUGCUAUCCCUGCCGGCGGGACUCGUAAGGCAUCGGAUAACUCGGCGUUUUCAUAUGACAACGUGAUUCCUAUCCUUGAGAACCCCGAUUCUCUUGCUGCGAUCUGGCGUAAGAUCAGAACGGAAGGAUGCGAGCUCCCUUCUCUGGAGCGUAUGCGAGAGAGUGAUGCCUAUGUUCGGAUGGCAGUUGCGAAUGCCAAGGCUAUGGAGGCGAGCAAUGAAUACGCCGCUUUGAUGGAGGGGCGAUUGGCUAAUUUUCCAAGUAAGGAGGAGAUCGCGGGUCAUUUUCUCACGAUCCAACAGCUUCGAGGUGAGUUGGAGGUUGCUCGGGAGGCAGAGAGGCAGCGCGAAGCGGAGAUUGAGGAGUCGAAGAGGAAGUUGGCUGCAGCUGAGGCGGGAAAAGUCGCUAUUCAGAGCGAUCUUGACUCGAUGAAGGAGAAGCAUAGGCGAGAGAUCGAAGGUCGAGAUAGGCAAGCUCGCAAAGAUCGCUACCUUGCUCGUCUCUCUCUUGCUCGAGAAUAUGAUGGGGAAACGGCUGCGGAGAUUCAUUUCCAAGAGGUGCGUGCUCGUAUUGAGGCUUUGACUGAGUAUAAUGAGGGUGGCUUCGAGCUCAAGGCGGAGUUGGAGCGUCUUAAAGACCUGGAGAUUUCGCUCGAAGUUGAUUACGGUCUUGCUUCGGUGUCGGAUCCUUCUCUUAGUCGCCUCGAUCUUCCUGAUAUUUCUUCGAAGAAACAUAUAUAUGUCUUCGACGGAUUAUGGGAUAAUACCUCUUUAAUUGUAUGGAGGCGUAGAACAGAGACUGAUCAGGAAUUUGUUUUGUGGGCCUUUAUAUGGCCUGAUUGCAAGUCAAUAGAACAGGCUACGUUUAGGGGUUGA